AGCUGAGUGGAUCAAACCUCGUGUGACAGCGUGUGACAGGUGCGCGCCACGCGCCGGCGCCGCUAUGCUGCAGGGCAGUGUGCCACUGCUGCGCUCGAGGACUGCCAAUGCCCUGAGACACAGAAUUGCUGCAGCCUCCACGUUGCCUGCGGAUGGCCUCACCUUGGCGGACUUCAUGCCGAAGCAGAGCUCCACAGCCAAGCGUCCGCAGGCGAUGCGGAAGCCGCCCUGGCUGAAGAUGGUGAAUCCGAACUUGACGCCCGAAGGAACCGAGCGGUACAAAGAAGUUAGGGCCACCAUCAAGGAGACUGGAUUGGCCACUGUGUGCCAAGAGGCUCGCUGCCCCAAUGCUGGCGAGUGCUGGUCUGGCGGGACAGCUACGGUGAUGAUCAUGGGUGACACAUGCACACGGGGUUGUCGCUUUUGCUCAGUUGCCACGUCUCGCACUCCGCCACCUCCGGAUGCCGAAGAGCCACGCAAGGUGGCUGAAGCCGUGACUCGAUGGGGUGUCGACUACAUCGUUCUGACCAUGGGUGCUAGCCACGUGGCCGCCACCGUCAGAGAAUUGAAGCAGAGGCAACCAGACAUCAAAGUGGAGACCUUGAUCGGUGACUUUCAAGGAAAGCUCGACUUGCUCGAGGAGGUUUUAGAAAGUGGCAUGGAUGUGUUUGCACACAAUGUCGAGACCGUGGAGCGGCUUCAGUCCACGGUGCGCGACCGUCGCGCGGGCUACGCCCAGUCGCUGAAGGUCCUGCGUCACGCCAAGGAGGUGCGGCCAGACGUGGUCACGAAAUCGUCCAUCAUGCUCGGAUUAGGAGAGCAGGAUGAGGAAAUUCAGCAGACUCUCCGGGAUCUCCGGGAUGUUGGAGUGGAAAUGGUGACCUUUGGCCAGUACUUGCAACCGACCAAGAGGCACAUGAAGGUGACUCGCUAUGUGACUCCGGAGGAAUUCGAUCAGUGGCGCGUCGCAGGGGAAGCUCUGGGACUCCAUGUGGCCUCUGGGCCAAUGGUCCGCUCCUCCUAUCGCGCGGGAGAAUUCUACAAGAGCAUCUACCAGGAUCGCAUGACGAAAGGAGCCACUGCCGCGCGAGGCCUCGAGACGUCAAGUCAGCGGAGCCACGUCAGUUGAGGCAGAUCCGCAGCACCAGGUAUGUCCGUCCCAAAGAGAUGGUGUCCUGGAGAGAUUCCGG